UUUCAGAGCAUCAAAUGGGCCAAAACGACAUGUCUUUCAUUGAGAAGUCAGAGCAUCUCUGUCUCACCAAACUCCGUCCCGCAAUGCAUUGAUCUGCAUCUCAUGCCCUGACUCGAAACCCACUUGAAAAAUGAGCUCCCUUUUAGUCCUCUUUAUUAUUCUAGCCUUCUCUUUUGGAUUCUCUGCCUCUUCACCAUCCAAUCACCGCUACAAUGCUGGAGAUCAUGUCCCUUUGUUUGUUAACAAAGUGGGUCCAUUGCACAAUCCCAGUGCGACUUACUGGUACUAUGACUUGCCAUUUUGCCAUCCAGAUAAUAUAAUCCUAAAGCAGGAAACACUCGGGGAAGUGCUGAAUGGUGAUCGUUUGAGUAGUGGUUUGUAUGAGCUGAAAUUCAGGGAGGACAAAACUGGGGUGACCCUUUGUGACAAGAGGCUUAAAGGAUAUGAAGUUGCUAGGUUUAGAGAUGCUGUCAUUGAUGAUUUUUACUUCCAAAUGUACUACGACGAUCUUCCAUUAUGGGGUUUUGUUGGGAAAAUUGAAGAGCAAAGUUGGGUCCUUGGAGAGAAGAAGUUCAACUAUUAUCUGUUCAAACACGUGCAGUUUGAUGUUCUUUAUAAUGACAACCAAGUCAUAGAAAUAAGUGCUUUUAGUGACCCUGACCAUGCUGUCGAUAUAACUGAUGAUGUUGAUAUGGAUGUGAAGUUCACUUAUUCGGUUUUUUGGAAAGCAACGUCAUCCAAGUUUGAGACCAGGAUGGACAAGUACGCAAGGGCUUCGUUGCUUCCUGUACGAAGGCAGAUUCGCUGGUUCUCAUUCUUUAUCUCUAUUGCCAACAUUGUGCUUUUUACAGGAUUACUUAUGGUGUUUCUUAAGCGACUUCUUAAGAAGGAUCUGGGAAAAUUUGCCAGUGGAGAUGAAGAAGAAGACAGGGAAGUCGGUUGGAAAUACAUACAUGGUGAUGUUUUCAGAUACCCUCAAAACAUGUCCUUGUUCUGUGCUGUCUUGGGGGUAGGAACUCAACUGCUGACAGUGGUUUUCUUUUUAUUUGUUUUGGCAUUUGUUGGCAUGCUCUACCCCUACAACCGUGGAGCACUGUUCACUUAUUUUGUCCUGCUUUAUGCACUUUCAUCUGUGGUUGGGGGCUAUACCACUGCAUCUUUCCAUAAUCAGUUUUGCGAAACUGGAUGGGAAAGGAGUGUACUUCUUAGUGGGAUUCUCUACCCAGGUCCAUCAUUUGUGAUAUUGUCCGUUCUCAAUACAAUUUCUGUAUCUUAUGGGGCCACGGCAUCACUUCCUUUUGGCACCAUUCUAGUGAUUCUUCUCAUAUACAUUUUGUUAGCCAUUCCUUUAUCUGCCUUUGGAGGGCUGAUUGGGCAUCGUUUUAGGACUGAAUUUCAAGCACCUUCUGCUACAAAAAGUCAUCCAAGGGAAAUUCCACCAUCAUCAUGGUAUAGAAGAACACCUUGUCAAAUGUUUAUUGGGGGACUCUUGCCUUUUAGUGCAGUUGCCAUUGAGUUACAUCACUUGUAUGCAAGCUUGUGGGGCUACAAAAUAUGCACCCUUCCUAGCAUUUUGUUUGUCACAUUCAUCAUACUUAUCAUGCUGACUGCAAUCUUGAGUAUUGGGAUGACAUACAUUCAGCUUUCUAUGGAAGACCAUGAAUGGUGGUGGAGAUCUCUGUUGUGUGGGGGCUCAGUGGCCAUUUUUAUGUUUAGCUAUGGCAUCUACUUCUUUUCCAGGUCAAGCAUGAGUGGUUUUAUGCAGCUAUCCUUCUUCUUUGGCUAUAAUGCUUGCAUGUGCUAUGCAUUUUUCUUGAUAAUCGGUACAAUCAGUUUCCGCGCUUCCUUCGCCUUUGUUUGCCACAUUUACCACGCUGCUAAGAGUGAAUGAAUAUGCGUUUGUUCAACGGCCCUUUUUUUUAUUUUUUUAUUCUGACUGCUUUCAACAAAAAUCACUAGUUCAUUUGCUGUUUUAAUGGAGAGGUGGGGGUUGGGAGGAGUGACUGAGCAAAACAUAGUCGAUUCUCAUGUAGCAGAUGGUGAAUUUUCCCUGUAACUGAGCAAUUAAAAAGCACUGUACAGAAAGCAAGGAGGAAACCAUGUUUUUGUAUAUUUGGAAGGUGGCUAACUUUUCAGUAUUUUUGGGAACUCGAGAUUUGUUAUCAUCGAUGAUCAUGCAGCAUGCCUGUAUACAGUAAACACAUUCAAAAACAUGUUCUAGUUUCUUGUGAGCAAGAAGUUAACACCACCUUUUUAUACCAA